AUGUUGGUCAGGCUGUCGCGUCGAUCGAUCUUCACAUCCUCAAAUAUACGAAAUACUUUUCAAUCACCAGUUUCAUCAUUUGCACCCAACUAUGCAUUUCACGACACGUUUCCUGACACUUCAGGUAAAGAUGUGGUUUCACAGACUAUAGUCAAUCCAGCUGAUGAAACACAGGUGAUCAAAAUAUCCCAAAUACUUGACCACCAGACAACUUCAACAACGAAACGCAACGCACCCAAACCAAGAAAUAUCGUCAGUAUAGCAGACUACUUUUCGGGCAAUUCUCAUCAUUUACACCACGUAUUUUACUCAAACCUAAUACAUGCAAAGACCAAAAAAGCAGCAAAAGUGGAAAAUAAGAAAUUCAUUGAUUUGAAAAUUAUAAAACUAACUAGUGGGUCUGGAGGUAAUGGGGCAGUUUCAUUUUUCCGUGAUAACCUAACAACUGCUGGUCCUCCUGAUGGUGGUGAUGGUGGAAGUGGUGGAAAUAUAUAUAUAAACGUUGUUGACCGAAACUUAAACUCAUUGCACUAUUUGCAAAAAAGAUAUGUUGCUAAACUGGGUUCUCCGGGUAAAGGCGGCCAAUUGGACGGUAAAAACGGUGACGAUGUGAUUAUUGAUAUUCCAUUGGGAACCGUAAUUCGAUGGAUACCUGAUCCAACGAUAUUCAAAAAACACAUAUCCAGAAAGGAGGGAGAUUCUUUAAGAAAUGUGUAUAUGGAACUUGAUUUGGAUAUUGGUUAUAAUAAAAACAAUGUUCAAUUGAAACGUUAUGGAUAUAAUCCAGGUCAAGGGUGGAUUUUCAAAGAACACGACGAAGAGUAUUACCAACUGCGAGACUUUUUUCAAGAAUUGAAUGAUAAAGUCACAAAGUAUGAUGAAGAAGUUGAAUUUGAAGAGCACCAACAAGAUCAGUUCCCCAUUCUCGGAAUGGAUUGUGAUAAGGUUACCACAAAGCCUUUACUUCUUUUACACGGAGGUAAAGGAGGAUUGGGAAACAUGCAUUUCCUAACAUCAAGUGUACGUAAUCCGCGGUUUUGUAAAAUUGGACGACCGGGAAUCACGGCUCAUUUCUUACUUGAAUUGAAGCUCAUUGCUGAUUUAGGGUUAGUUGGAUUGCCCAAUGCUGGGAAAUCAAGUUUACUACGCGCUAUAUCUCGAGCCAAGCCUAGAGUUGGACAUUGGGAAUUCACAACAUUACAACCAACAAUAGGUACUAUUCAGCAUCGCAUUGAUUCGGACCCAUUCACGGUUGCUGAUAUUCCAGGAAUAAUCAAAGGUGCAUCAGAAAAUAAAGGUAUGGGACUAGAUUUCCUUCGUCAUAUUGAACGCUCAGGCGGAUUGGCUUUCGUUGUUUCGUUGGAAUCUACUGAUCCAGUUAAAGAUUUGCAAACAUUGACUAAUGAAGUGGGUGUCAAACGGAUGAAGGACAAAAAAGUAUUGGUGGUAGCAACAAAAGCAGAUUUGAGUAACAAAGGAGAAAACUAUCAAGCAUUGAAACAAUUUAUUGAAGCGGAGCACAAGUCAUGGAAAAUUGCUCCAGUUUGUGCUCCUAGAGGAGAAAACAUUGAUCGAUGUUUGGAGUUGAUGAGCGAAGUUGCUCGCAAAAAGUGA